GAGGGGAACUUGAGAACCCACAAGCCAGGAGUAGAUAGAAGUUCAACACUUAUUAAAGCUAUAAAAUUGACUAUUUCUUGACAGUGGUUCCCAACGAGGAGCUCAUUUACUCAGAGCAUUAUUUUCUCCCUCCUUCCCACCCCGGCUCCGAGAAGAUGGUAGAGCCCACUUCCUUUUUUUAAAACUACCGGAGAUCUCGCGAUGGAGGGAGGAGGGACACCCCCAGAAACACUUAAAGAAGAAAGGCAGUCAGGAUGUGUUCCACUUACAAGUCUUGAGGGCAACAGUUUGAAGAAAAGCAAUUGGGGGUUCUUAUUUACUGGCAUUGUUGGGGGGACGCUGGUGGCCGUGUACGCCGUGGCCACACCGUUUAUAACACCAGCCCUCCGAAGAAUCUGUUUGCCUUUUGUACCUGCAACUGCAAAGCAGAUUGAAAAUGUUGUGAAAAUGUUGCGAUGCAGGAGAGGACCCCUGGUAGACAUCGGUAGCGGCGACGGGCGUAUCGUAAUAGCAGCUGCAAAGGAAGGAUUCACAGCUGUGGGUUAUGAAUUAAACCCCUGGCUCGUCUGGUACUCCAGAUACCGCGCUCGGCGGGAAGGGGUGCAGGCAUCGGCCAAGUUUUACAUCUCAGACUUGUGGAAGGUCACUUUUUCGCAGUACUCAAAUGUUGUUAUCUUUGGUGUGCCCCAGAUGGUGCUGUUGAUUUUAAGAUGUACCAUUGCUGUUGGGAAAGAAAAAAAAAUGUUGCCAAUUAUAAUUCUAAGACAAUGUCAAUUGUAAGAUGUAUCCUGAUUUCAGACAUGUUAAAAAUGUGGAAAAAGAUAAGUAAUUCAGACAGGGUAGAUUGAAAUGUUUAGGUAGGUAAAUAAUUUAAGGCUGCUUCUCACAUCAAUUACUGCCACAUCAUGAUUUUAGUCAGGAAAGUGGAACUCUGUGAUACACAUCUGCUAUAAAUGGCAAAUUUUAUAAUUGAUACUAGAAUAUUCUUAUAACUGUUGUUCAUGUGACUUCUGUAUUUUAAUGGAUUAUUUGAUGAUGUAUUUAUGCCCAGGAGUAAUCUUUUUUACAAUCAGUAAUUUUGCACAGGUUUUUUUCAGGGAUGCAGAUACAAAAGGACAUUGAGAAAUCAUUUCCUCCGACUAUCCGCUCACUGAAAUGGUGGCUGUCGUUCUCCACAGAUGCCGCAGUUGGAGAAGAAGCUUGAGCUUGAACUUGAGGACGAGGCUAGAGUCAUUGCUUGCCGGUUCCCCUUCCCACACUGGACCCCGGCC